GCUAGGUGAAGUUACAGGAAAAUGAAACUCAAAUCUAAAUAAAAGCAGUCCGGACACCCCGACUGCAACACACAGCACUUCUGAACAGAACGAUGAGUUCUUGGGACAGAACAAGUCCAAAACCUGGAGACCUCAUUGAAUUUUUUCGUGGCGCCUUUGAGCACUGGGCCGUCUAUGUGGGAAAGGGCUAUGUGGUGCAUCUGGCUUCACCAAGUGAAGCGUCAGGACCUAGCAUGAACAUCUUGGGUUCCGUCCUGGGUAACAGAGCCAUAGUGAAGAAGGAGCUGCUGUCGGUGGUGGCUGGAGGAGACACAUACCGGGUCAAUAACAAGAAUGAUGACAAGUAUGAGCCACUGCCACCCAACGAAAUAGUCCAGCAGGCAGAGAAAAUGGUGGGGAAAUGCAUGCCCUAUUCAUUGACCAACAGCAACUGUGAGCACUUUGCGAACAAGCUGCACUACGGAGUUUCUUUCAGCAACCAGGUGCUGAAUGGAAUCCACACAUUUGUUACUAAGGUUUUAUCUGGUGCUCCAGGAUUCUCCGAGAUGGGGGCCAGAACACUGCAGAACAACCAGUAA